CCGGGCCACUCAAUUGGGCGGCUCAUUCAAUCCCGGCUUCUGCCGUUCGAUCGAAAUCAAACGUGCAAAUCGCGGCAGCCUCUUCCAACAACACACAUCGCAACAACCGACGGCUUCCCCCGCGUGUCUGCCUCGAUACCCGAUUUACAAUGCGCCCUACCCAGAUUCUCCGCGGCGGCGGCGGCUCUGCCCCCCUCGGCAAGCAUGACCACUACCUCGGCGACUGGGGCAACUUCGGCGGCAUGAAGCAGAAGGGCAUCGUCUCGUACGGCAUCGCCCCGAACCGCCAGCACCCCUUGGCUGGUGCUGCCCACGACGCCAUCUUCAACACCUGGAGGCGCUUCAGCGCGCAGGUCCUCUACUGGGCGCCCCCGAUGAUUGCUGGCUACUAUCUCAUUAACUGGGCUGUCGAGAGGAACCACUACCUCAACUCGAAGGCCGGCCGCGCCGAGUUUGGCGGCAAGGAGGAGUAAGCGCUGUGUCAUUGGUGGCCGACCGUUGGGCGAGGGACCGUGUGAUAAAUAGACAACCGUGUACAUCACCAAAGCAAGAGUCGAGGAUAGAUUUGGGUGUUGCACCUUGUGCUCUUUCCCGGGGUCACCCCUCGCACUGCGUGAUGUUCCUGUUCACCUUUUCUAAAAGGUCAUGCCGAGUACCCAAAAUCUUGUCAGCCAAGCCGACUUUCUAGCCCUGAGAAGGACCUUUUCAGC